AUCUAAAAGAAUCGAAACUUGAAUUUCUUCGACUCUGCGAAGAAACUCCUUGGAACCGAGUUCCCGACACUGAUCUUGUUUUUAAAGGAUGGACUCUAGAUCAGUGUCAAUCUCAUGAAAGCCGUCACAGACGACAAAUAACCGUGUACAUCAUGUGGAAAAUUUGCGCAGUAGCAUAUUAAUUUUCAUACUCAUGAGCUCAGAUUUGUCAAUGAAGCAGCUUCCUCGUGGCUUCUCCGAUUCUCUUUAAAAUGCUAGAUUCGAUAGCGGUUAGGUCUAGUGUCUUGAGUUGAUUGGGUACUCUUGGUUGCUCGGUGUUGUGUUUUGAGGAGUAAGUUUGUCUUGAGGAGUAAGUUUGUUUUGAGUCUUUGAUGGCGCAGAAGAGGAUGUUUGACGAGGAUAACGAAGGUUUUGGAAGGUCGACAAGCAGACGAGAAUUUCGGAUCGGGCCUUUUCCACAAAGGAUUUCAGAGCGUGAGCUUCAGAAUAUCUUCGAGCCUGUUGUUCGAAAAGUGGUACGGGAGGCAGUGGAACGUAUUUUGCUGCUACAACCAUGUCCAAGACACGAACUUCAGCUGGGUGCAACAUCUGGGGUGAGGAGCUUGCAUCUGCACUUUGUCAAUUGCUUGCCCUCUACCGUAUACACCAACAAUAUUAUAAAAGCUGAGGAUGGUAAUCCCAUCAGAAUCGAACUGAUCGAUACUAGGUCCGGGACUAGAGUCAAAUCUGGCCCUUUUUCCUCAAUAAAGCUUGAUAUUGGUGUCCUUGAUGGUGAAUUCCGUUUCGAUGACCAAGAAGACUGGACAGAGCAGGACUACAAUGCCAGUAUCUUACGUGAAAGGGCGGGUAAAAGGCCAUUAGUGGUUGGGAACCUGAAAGUCACCUUGGCUGAAGGUGUUGGUGAUGUUGGUGAUGUCCGUUUUACUGAUAAUUCAAGCUGGGUGAAAAGUAGGAAGUUUAUCUUGGGAGCAAAAGUUGAAAAAAAGCAUUCUGGUGAAGGAAGAAUCAGGGAAGCUAGAAGUCGAUCUUUCAUGGUAAAAGAUCACCGUGGAGAAUUAAAUAAGAAACAUAAAACUCCAUCCAAGGGUGAUGAGAUAUGGCGUUUGAGAAAGAUAGCAAAAGAUGGUGCAUACCAUGAGAAGUUGACCCGUUCGGGAAUUGAAACUGUUGAUGAUUUACUGCGGCGAUAUGCAAUUAAUCCAUCCAGUGUACGCAAAAUUUUUGAUAGGUUUUCGGAUGGAAGUUGGGAGAAAGUCAUAGAACAGGCAAUGUCAUGUGUUGAAAAUGAUUGUAACCUUUAUUCCUACCACGGAGCAGGAGAAAUUUGCCUCCGGUUCAAUUCCAUCUACCAGGUUGUGGAGGCAGCAUUCGAUGGGCAUAAUUACUUGCCUGUGACAACACUGAGCUUAGAUCAGAAGCGUGUGAUAGAAGUUGUGAAACAGCAAGCUUAUAACAAUAUGAAUGAUUGGGUCCUGGUCAAUGACCCAUCAGCUUUCACCUUUUCAAGGCCCUUAGAAAGCCUACAAGUUGAGCCAUUUAGUCUUCCAGAACAAGGUCUGCAACACUUUGACUUCCAAGUCACACAUGAAGAUCAACAAGAAACAUGGCAGGGUUUGAACAACACACCUCCACUAUAUUCAGCAUCCCACAUCCAUGCAGCGAAUGCUAAUAAUCAACCAGAAGGUUCUGCAGCACAAACUAGUUUAAUGGAGAACUGUUUCAUUGGAGCUUACAAUGGAGAGGGGUCAAUUUUGCCAAGUGUUGAUACAACAGUACAUGACAUGAUUUCUCAGUUUCUAGUUCCAACUUAUGGCACAUCAUGGGGGCAGGGAACUGAUUUUUACUCUGCUUCGAGCAACCAAGAAGAUUUUGGCAAGUUCCCUCUUGCCAACUAUGCUGGAAAACCCAAGGUGGCAUGGGUUAUAAUCCGGGCUGCUGUCAAGUGGUGUGCAGUCUGGCGAUGUGUGGCUUCUAGGAGAAUGGCAAUGCCAAUUUUUAAUUACUAAUUUAUUAGAUUCUUGUUACACACCUUUGUGGUUGUUUACUAGGCUUUAAUUGUCAGAAACAGUUGUAUUUGGGAUGUUUUCAUCAGAAAAAAGGGAAGAAGGAGCUAAGGUCCUCCUAGGUCUGUACAGUGUAAAGUGUUUUAGCUAAGGAGUAGCAAUCAACACACUCUUCAAGAAGGCAUUGUACAGUGUUUUCCUUAUAAAAUAUAGUUUAUAAAAUAGCUGGUUUUUUUUAACAAUCUUGUCAUCUCCUGCAUAUCAAGUGCAGCUGAAGGAGAACUUGUAACAGUAUGAUUUGUGGGUCAUCAUGUACAGUGUUUUAGCUAUCUAUGUCACAAUGGCUUUAAAAAUGUUCA